AUGAUGGAUUGGCUCAGCAAGUGCGUUUGUGGCUCCAAGGAGGCUAAGAAGCAGAAGAAGAAAAAGAAAAAACAUGCCAAGAAAAAUAAUGAUAAAAUUGAUGUUUAUGUAAUAGAUGAUAAUGAUAAUGAUAGGAGUGAUGUUAAUGUUGAUGAUGAAGUCAUAAAAAAUAACAACACUGUUAGUUUGUCACGCGUCAACGAAGAUCGUGGUCGCAAAGAAGAAGCUAAAAGCGAUCGUGUAACAACCGACCUUGAGGAUUGUCGUCAAAAGGAAGUAACACAGAUUAAUGGAGUAGAUCGACAAGUGAACUGCGUUGAUAAAAAUAAACCAGUUUUAUUGAAUGACGAUGAGUUUUCUGCAAUCGACAUCGGAGAGCGUGAACCUCAGUUCUAUGACUCACUGUCAGACACCUCUCCGGUGGAGACUCUCCAAAAAGAGCAGUCAAUGUCUAUGUCUAAGUCUUUGCAUCAGUUCAGCCGCAGUAGCAAUCAGAUGUUUGUCCAAGAUUGUGAGAAAGACAACCCGCUUCAGAAUAAGUUGUUCGGGCAGACUGAAGUCGUUAAGUCCACUAGCGAAAAUGACUUCCGCUUCAGUUCAAAUUCCUGCAGUUUUAUUGUGCCAAUAGCCGACGAUCCCAAGCGUAAAAAGCAUCAAACGAGGAUUAAGAAUAAUAAAAAUAAAAAAAUAAGUUCGUCCAUUCCCAUACCGUCCAAACAUCGGAAUAGUUCUGUUUCUAGUCCACAUAUUAAACAAAAUGGUCGCAUCCACUCGGCAAUAGUAUCUGGUGUCAACUGGGAGCAACAGAGUGUCACAGUAGAAUGGUUCGAGCGCGGCGAAACCAAGGGAAAAGAGGUGGAGAUGGACGCUAUCAUCGCAUUAAAUCCCGAGCUCACUCCACAGUCUAUGCCUCCGCCACAGAUAAAUUCGUCUGUAAAUAGAUCUAAGGAUUCGUCUGACGAGGACGAGGACGGAGCCGACGAUCUGGACCAGGAGGACGGAUCUUUUGGCCGACACGGCGUACCGCCACCAAGAAACGGCCUAGCUUCAGCAACACUAUCUGUACGAAUCACUCGUAAUUUGCAUUCCAUGAGGCCAUCUAUUCCAGUCAAAGCAACAUCAAACAAGCAACCGAGAAAUCAAACAGGACGUCCAACAAAUAUAAUGCCCCCGGUACUGUCAAAUGGCCACGGAGAUCCAGUUCCAGGUCUUACGAGUCGCCGCGAGGUAGAAAAUAUUCCACCAACACCCACCACUCCAGCAUUCGCUAACGUCAGUUCUAUGUCACUAAAUAAAUCCAAAAUCCAGACUUCACAGCAGCAGCAGCAACAACAACAACAACAACAACAACAACAGCAGCAGCAACAGACAACAGUGGAGAACGGACGAGGAAGACGUUCAAACGUAGUCAAGGAAGUCGAGAAGCUGAAGAAGAACCGUGAAGAGCGGAGACAGAGGCAAGCUGAGUUGAAAGAAGAAAAGGAAGCCCUGAUGAACAUGGAUCCUGGUAAUCCCAACUGGGAGUUCUUGGCCAUGAUUCGAGAUUAUCAAAGCAACAUCGACUUCAGACCUCUGCGCGAGUCCGACUCGGUCGAGGACCACCAGAUAACCGUCUGUGUGAGGAAGCGACCUUUGAAUCGCAAAGAGCUCACCAGAAAAGAAGUCGACGUGAUCAGUGUGCCCAGCAAAGACCAGAUGGUUGUCCACGAGCCGAAGCUCAAGGUCGACUUGACAAAGUAUCUCGAGAACCAGCACUUCAGAUUUGACUACGCCUUCGACGAGACUUGUAACAACGAAAUAGUCUACAAGUACACAGCAAAGCCGCUGGUCCAGACUAUUUUUGAGGGCGGUAUGGCUACGUGCUUUGCUUACGGACAGACUGGCAGUGGAAAAACCCACACCAUGGGUGGAGACUUCAACGGAAAGACUCAGGACUGCAAGAAGGGAGUCUACGCGAUGGUCGCCAAGGACGUUUUCAAGUAUCUAAAGUCCCCAAAGUACCGCGUGAUGAACCUGGUGAUAUCUGCGAGUUUCUUUGAGAUUUACUCGGGCAAAGUCUUUGAUUUGCUGGCUGACAAGGAGAAGCUCAGGGUACUGGAAGACGGAAAACAGCAAGUCCAGAUCGUCGGGCUCACUGAGAAGGUCGUCGAGAGUGUUGAUGAAGUUCUUAAGCUCAUUCAGCAUGGUAACAGUGCCAGGACCAGUGGUCAGACCAGCGCUAACUCCAACUCUUCGAGAUCACAUGCCGUCUUUCAGAUAAUUGCACGGACGCCUGGUACUCAUAAGGUUCAUGGUAAAUUCUCGCUUAUUGAUCUUGCGGGUAAUGAACGAGGCGCAGACACUUCUUCUGCCAACAGACAGACGAGGAUGGAAGGUGCGGAAAUUAAUAAGUCAUUACUUGCUCUCAAAGAGUGUAUACGUGCUUUGGGCCGGAAAGGAACUCAUUUACCUUUCAGGGCUAGUAAAUUAACUCAAGUACUCAGGGACAGUUUUAUUGGUGAAAAAUCUAAAACGUGUAUGAUUGCUAUGAUAAGCCCAGGAAUGAGUUCGUGUGAACACUCGUUAAAUACUUUGCGAUACGCUGAUCGAGUGAAGGAAUUAGCAGCGACAGAUCCCACUGAAUUAAAAGCAUCGCCUACUGACGACGAUCAGUUAUUCAAAAUAGAGGAACAAGCCAAUGAUAGCGCUCUUUCUGAAAGUGAUUUAGCGCAACUUAGAUCAUUAAAUGAAGGAGAAUUGUCUCAAGAUCUGUACACCUUCCACGAAGCAGUUUCAGCUCUUCAACUGAUGGAAGAGGAAGUAUUAGACACGCACAAAGCAGUGAUUGACAAUUCAAACAAAUUUUUGAACGAUGCACACGAAGUAUUCAGUGCAACCCAUGAAGUGGAUUACGACCAAGAAGAUUCUCGCGCUAACCCUAAGGCUAACACGAUCUUCUCAUUAACUGAUGCUGAUGGCUGGGAAGAAGACAAUGACCAGAAAUCAUCCAGUGGAUCAACAGUUAACAUGGGAUUCAUGGAAGACUUCAGUAGUUCCGACGACGACGAGCGUGUUGGCACCCAGGAUGACACUUCUAAAAAUUCUCCGUGGAAAUACGAGCGUGGUAGGUCCACCUCCAGCUCCAACUCUAGCCUGAACUCCUGCGGGUCUAACAAGCCUCUGAAGCCGCUUUCGUCUAUGAAGAAAAAAUCCGGGUCACGAGUCUGCGUGACCACCAAGAAAAUAAUAAUGGACAAAAAUUGCACCAUUAAAUCUUCGACGGUUCAGAAAAUGCAGAAUAUCAAUAGGAUCUCCAGCGCCAAGCCAUGGCUGACUACUGGCAGAAAAAACAGCAAGUGGAGUUGGACCGGGAAAGUAAUCGAUCAUCGCGCCAAGCGAUCUACUUACAAUUUCAAUACAAAUAGUUCCAGCUCAUUAGCUAACGAGGAUAGGUCUGAAUCUGGAUUGGGUUCAAUUACCAGAAGCCCGAGCCCCGCGGAUGCUGAUUUGUUUUACAGCAACGAUCCUGAUAUUCGUGCCAAGGUUUUUGGACUCGCUGCUUCCAAGAUUAGAGUUACUCGCAGCAAUUCUUUUCAGUGCUUUGAUAAUGUCCAAAAAAACUCCGAGACUGAUGAUGCUAAUGAGAAUAAAUCACGUACUGAUGUUAAAGCUAAUAUUUGUGAUUAUAAAUCACCGAUUAAUUACCUCGGGAGAAAGUCUCUUGCCAAUAAACACAGAUUCUCUAAUUAUAAUGUACGAAAAAGUCUGUAUGCUGUUAAUUCACAGGCUGAGUUUGUUGACAAUAACUAUCUCAGUGAUAAAUCAUUCCAUCCGUACAUUAAUAAUGAUUAUAAAUUUGAUGAUAAUUGUGAUAAUAAAUCUAAUGAGCAAACCUUCGCAGAUUUAAGACGGAAAAGAACAAAGUUUGAGUCACCGAGCAUGAUGAGGAGGUUUUCAUUGUCUAGACGUCUCGUUGAAAGAAUUCAAUUUUCCGAUGCGUACGCCAAAAAAUGGGAAGAACUGUUGCUGCAGCAGCGAGACACUAUCAACGCUGCGCUGGACCAAGUCAGUCAAUUCCGGAGUCAGCUCGUCCAGGAAGAGCGUAUCAGUCAAGAGAUGACUCGAGUGCGUAACACGCGAUACAACUAA